GGAAAAACAAAAACGUGCAGGCUAUCGCCAACAUGGUGGACUCGGCUACUGAACCGGCUUUAUUUGAUUCUGAGGCUGAGGUCGAGGGACUCUUUGAGGAGGAAGACACGGAGGAUGAUAUCCAUGAUGAUGACUUCGACAGUUCAGAGAAGGAUCCUGAUUGGGAGCCUGAUUAUGACUCUGAGGAGGAAUUGAUGUCAGAUGAUGAGGAGGAAGAAGAGGAGGUUUGGAACAGCAAUCCUGAAUAUCCUGACAGACCUUAGUUUGUAUAUGAGAGUUGUUUGCUCCCGUUACUGCUUAUGUGCAGUGUUUG